AUUUUGCACGUAAACAAAUAGUGUAUUUUGUAUUAUUCAUAUUGCAAUAAUCAUGGAAAGCAACAUUAAAAUAUUCCCGAAAUCUGUAGUGUGCGAGGAAAGCACCUUGCGCGGUGACAUCACCUUCUCUUCUGGAUGUGUUGUCCAUCCAAGCGCCACCAUUAUAGCCGAGGCUGGACCUAUCAUCAUUGGAGAAAACUGCAUUGUAGAGGAAUAUGCUACCAUAACACAUCGAUUACAACCUGGCGCCAGCUGGGAUGUCAACAAAAUUCUCAGCAUUGGGGGUCACAAUGUUUUCGAAGUUGGUUGCAACGUGGAGGCCUCACGCAUAGGCGAUAAAAAUGUCUUUGAGAGCAAGUGCUAUGUGGGCAGUGGUGUCAGCGUCUCGAGCGGCUGUGUGAUUGGAGCUGGCAUACAAAUAUGCAUGGCUCAGCAACUACCGGAGAAUACCAUUGUCUAUGGACAGCAGGCACUGCAGCGCGAGGCAAUAGAAAAACAAGGUUCGCAGACGCUCCAAAUCGACUUUUUAAGAAAAGUGCUACCAAACUACCAUCAUCUGCGCAAGCCCAACUAUGAUCCUAAAAAGGCUCGCAGCGUUGUUUAGUUUUUUAGUUCAAAUUUAAGCU